UAACGAACUUAAAAUGAGAACGAUAAAUUUAAUCCUGCUUAUAGUGUCGGUGGGGAUUGUUACCGCCUCUGGACAGCCUUUUAAGGCCAAAGAUGCAACUCUUCCAGAUCGUGUAAAUAGCUUAUCUACAACUUCAGCGUCGCCUCAAAUGGAAACACAAUCUAAAAGAGAGCAAGGAUCAGAGCAGCAUCCAAUUAAUAGUACAAUUACAACCGAAGCUUUUAAACUUUUUGAAGAAAUCUUUUCUGCUCAUGAUUUCAAAACCAAUUCUUCGAAGGAUACAACCUUAACCAAUUCCAAUUCCAAUGAAACAUUAUUCUUCAAAGUUCCCAAUGGCCUUACAGAAGAUCCCAUCCCAUUGGAUACUGAGGACUAUGAAGAUAAAGUUGAAGAUGAGGACCCUGAGGGACUGGGACCUCGACUUAGUGCAAACCUAUUAAAAAUACUUACGUUUUAAACGUCCAACUAUAAUCUAUAUAUUACUGUAAUUGAUUUUGUAAAUACGCCAAUAAGUAUGUUUCAGAAGCCAACUAACAACUUAAAAUGUGAAUGGUUAACUUUAUGAAUUUAUAACUACCAACCGGGUUCAAUAUAAAAUAGACUGCGAGAGCAAGUUCAAGUUUCAGUAUCGCAGUAAUAAUGCAACCGAGUAUUCUGUUUCUACUUCUGGGCUGGCUGGCCGUAGUCAACUCUUUUGGCCUAGACCUGCGAUUCUUAAACCCCUUGAGGUCCUCCGAUGACAACAAUGAGCAGCAUUUGUCACCGCCAAAACCGAAUAUGUGCAAUCCCACGGAGCCCAGGACUUUGAUAAGGAGUGCCAGGAAGGCUCAACUAUUGCGAAGUGAUUUUGUACCCUUACCAACUCUGGCACCCACGAAUAAUCCCGACAGAGGAAGCUUUGUACCCUUACCAACUUUGGCACCCACAUCCACCUCGACCACAACCCAAGUCAGCAGAAGUCUAGGCAAUAGACAGGAAAAUCCUUCAAAUGAUUGCGAUCCUUUUCCCUUAGGAAUCGGCACUCGAUUGUCAGCACAACUUUUGAAAGUUCUUACUAUAUUGGGUUGAGAUUCAGAAAAAUUUAACAAUUGUUACGAAUUAUUAUAAUAAAUUAAA